AUAUUCAACAGGGAAACGUCAAAGUCAGCUGAUCGAAGUUUCCUACUUGAUCGUAAAUGAAAAGCUGCGUGAUAAAAGGCUGAAACAUGAUUUUUCCAAAUUGACUAGUCGAAGCAUAAAGCUUUAUAAAUCAUUUUCCACCGGAGAAUUAUAAUCAAUGAAAAACGCCUAAGUUUAUCAAUUAUUUCCGCACUCGUCAUAAUUAACAAAGUCGCUCAGUUCGUGCGAUGCUGAAAAACAUGUGCUUCUAUUAUUAGAUCUUGAAGUAUAUAAAUUCAUAAUAAUGGGGGAACGGCAUUGUUGAUUUACGCCAUAUCGCAAUUGCGUCAAAGCUAUAAUUAACGUGGAUAUUUUUCACAUUUUCACUGAAUGUACUACGCCAUAAUAUCGACGUUUUUUAUUCUCAGAAUAAACGGAAACAAUGCACGUUCAGUGAAUUUGGGGGUAGAUUCAAGUUUCAAGAAAUUUUAAUAUGUUUUUAGCUUCAUGAUGUAUGGGGUUCCAAGAAUAUUAUGAGUUGCGCUGAAUCAUGAAAGUAAAUUAUUCGUUAAAUAUGCAUGUUUGAGAAAGAUGUAUUAAAAAGUUGUUUUCUAACAGAUAAGUAUGAUAUGCACGGGUGAUAAAGUUUCGUUUCAUUAAAUGGUCACGUAAAAAUCGUAUGACAAGCUGUGACAAAAAGAAAUACGGUUCCUAAAAUGUUUUUUAAAAUAAUACGGGAUUUUAAAGCUAUCGUAGUGUGAACUACGGGAACUUUGUGUGUUGACACCGUUGAAACGUGUUUAUCGGUCGAAUAUUGUCCAUGAAAAAGGACGACACUGCAAGGCCGCAGUUUAACAUUAAUUUCGAAGCUUGAACCCAUGCAGUUUUGAGGUUAUGUCGAUCAACGAAUUAGCAAUUACAAGUUUUUAGCGAUUAGCAAGUAGCAAAAACGAAGAAAAACUAGUGCAAAAAAAAAACGUAGCAAUUAGUAGUUCAUUCGACUUAAGUAAGAGUGUUUAUCAUCGAGCGUGUGCGUAAUUGUAGAAAAAAAGUGUUUUUACGCUCUCCUCGCGGCAUGAUUGCGAAUCUAACAAACUUUUUCGCGCAUACCAUAUCGCGUCUCCUACUGUUUUUGUGUAGUGUGAGCGGCCGCCAUCUUGCUGCCUUCACAUCUGACAUGUCUUUCUAAUGUUAUUAUCGAAAAAUAUUGCAAUCAAAUUUUGCGUUUAACAGUUGCCUUAUUUUCGUAAUAAACGCCUCGUUAACGAGGUAUCAAAGUUUGCGUGAGAAAGAGCACUCGUUUGCAUUGUGAUACUUGAAGGAAGGUUAAAAUAAAAGGGAAACGAGGGGGAAAGGAAAAAAAAACACGAAAUUCAUCGAAUCCAACCUAUACACACACGGCUUGUGCCAAGCGCUGUUAUCCCUUGAGUGUGCUUAUAGCGCUUUUGGAAGAAAACUUGAAGUGUGCGCGGCCGAUCGAGCUUAUUUUGUUUAACCGUCGAAUAAGCGAUCAAAAAUUCGACUAUAAAACCGAGUGAUUUAUAACAAAGCUUCGUAAGGGAGAAGAAAAAAGUUUAGACGGGCGAAAUGUCGCGAGUUACCGCGGUUAAGAACAACUCUACAUAACCUCAAAAAUUUCUCUAAGCGUUUAUCCCUUUGAUUCUGCGUGUGUUUUGAUUCGUCUUUUCCGUUACUAAAGGACGAAAAACGGUAUAUUUGAUGAUAUUUUUGAAAAAACUUCAAAAAGGGAAAGAAUAAAACAGUUUGAAAAAAAAAACUUUCCCGACAAUCUAUGGAAUAGACAUAGAAGAACACUGCGUUAAGUUUUCCAGAGUUAAUAUUUGAGUAUAGAAUAAUCUUUCAAAUACCUUAACACGACUGCUAGUUUAUAUUUGCUAGAGUUGACGAUACACCGAAUAAUCAUCACUGCCAAAACAUUAUCUUUUUUCUCUCACCUCAUAGAGGUUGGAAAGAACAAUUUUAUAGAUCGAUAGAAGGAAGCAAUGGAGUUUAUUAAGCGGUGUAUAAUUGUGUAACUAAGAAUCAACAUUCCUACAGCAUUGAAGCCCCGUACAUUGAAGAAGAAGUUGCUCAAGCACAAAAGUACCUGAAACAUGUAUAUAUAGCUCGGAAGAUAAACAGAAACAAAAAGGAGAAACCGCAUUAGAGAAAGUAGAAAAUCCGAGCAUUUUUCUUUCAGUCAAAUGAAUUCAAUGAAACUCUCGGUGAUCAAAAAGGUCGUAUUUGUAAUUGAGAGUAAGAGAGAGCAUAAACGAGCCGUCCGUAUAAUUAAAAGAGUUUGAGAAUGCAGAUGGAACGUGAGGCGACAAUAAGUGCGCCAAUCGAUGAAGGUCCCAGCCGAUCCGUCUUACUUAAAAAUGGACAAUAACAAGCUCAAGUUUUCCGAUCGUUUAAAGGCUUUGCUUAAAACGGAGUCACGUCAGGAUGUUGAUCCCUAUAUAUUCAGCGAACCGGAGCCUUUUGCCACUGGGACUGGUAAAAAUUUCAAGCUGACACAAAGUAAAUCUGCACAUUCGGUUAAGAGCAACAAGUCGAGAGGAAAAAGUAUCAAAAGGCGUCUCAAACUCGAAGGUACAGGGAUAACGCCGUUGUGUGUGGAAGCGAUCGAAGAUGCUCAAGAGAGUUCCGAAGGAUUCGUAGAUCCUGCAGAGAAUACGAGGAGUUUUGAGCUCAGAUAUCCCAUUGGUGAGAACUCUUGCGAUACAGACAAUCGUACAGUUGUCGAAGAUGUCAAUGAGAGAAAUUCUGACUCUCGAAGAAGCAAUCGUGAUCACAUGCUUCUUUAUUAUCCUCGCGCCGGCGAUGAAAUCUCCGACAGUGAAUCGAGCGGCGACGAACUCAGCAUCUAUCAACGUCAUUGGUUCAGCGACGUUACGAGUAGUUCAUCCCAAAAUCGGACCGCUAGAUUAUCCCAAUUACGCUCGCAGUUACGACGACGUCUCAUACAGCUUCACAAGGGUGGUCAAGAAUCUGAGAUACUUCUGCGCGAAAGAACGCGUUGUUUGCUCGAGGAAGCUUGCAAAAAACCUCCUGCCAGCUUAGCCCGUUCCCUCGACGAGUUCGUACCGACAAAUGGGAAAAUAAAUACAGGACCUCUUCUCGUCGGUGGCCCAUGUGUCACGGAAGGUUGUCGUUCUACUUCUCUACCCUGCACUCGUCAUUGCUCCAGACAUAUUAUGCUUAACGCGGAUCAACUACUGUUCGAACAUUGUACCGCUAAAUUCAGCGACAAUACACAAUGUUGCGUACCGGUUUUUGACGUCGCGCACGAGCUUCCCCUUUGCCCGGAACACGCUAGAAAAAGGGACAAUUAUCACCGUAAAGCUCAGGAAUCGAAACCAAAGAAGUCACGGAAAAAACCCGUUUCACCCACCGUACCGAGGCCGAAGAGUAAAUCACGACCGAAAAAACGAAAGAGACCACCCUCUGUUAAACUAGAAACAAAAAUUGCCGAUUUGAUCAACGAGGAAAUACAUUAUCCGAGUCAAGUCAUAUCGAUCAAUGAAAAUCAUACGAAAACUCUUAAUAAUCUCAAUGUACCUCAAAGUACAUCCAACACGUCGAGUUUGAAUCUUGGUCUCGGCCUCGGCUCCCUCGGACUUGGUGGUGGACUCAAGGUUGAAUUAGGCGAUCACGAAGUUUUCGCAUCCCUCGAUCCUGCUGAACACGACUUUGGCAACGUUCUCAAUAAUUUACCAGCCGACGCUUUCAAUGAUAUAUUCAUUGAGAGUCGGAACGGAGAGUACGAGCCUUCGCGAGAAGAGGAGGAAGAAUUGGAACGUGCACUUGAAGCGGUGGACAAGGACGUGAGAAAUUUGGAGCGUAUGGGACAAACGCACGGUUUAUUAGAGCCGGCUUUGCUUGCCCAGCUGAUGUCGGACAUUGCCUCGUAGCCCCCCCACCGUCAGAACCAGGCGGAGCAAAUAAUAGAGUAAUCAAGAAGUCAAGGAAAAAAGGAGGAGAAAAACUCCGCGCGCGUGUUUCUCUUAAGCGUAGAAGCAAAAAGCAGCAAAAAAAGUUUGUGUUUGUGCGCUGGUCAAUGUUAAAUACUGUAUUAACUAACUGUAUCGUUGUAUAGCAAUUCGUGGUGAAUGACGAAAGAAUUGAAUCAGGAAACAGUGUUUCGAAUGAGAUAAACGAAAGAAAAAGAAAAAGAAAAAAAAAUUGGCACGUUUGUCGUAAAUGUCCAAAGCAAGCGAAAAUUGGGCGAACAAAAAAAAUGCAAGCACGUGUAGCAAAAAUGAUUAGAAACAUAGAGAAAAAGAGCGAGAGCGAAGAAAACGAUGUCACAUAAAUCAUGCCAUGUUUUUGGCAACGUGUAUGUCAGGGAGUUUGUUUGCUUGUAACCGCUAGAUUUUAAUCCUUUUCACGUAUGAAAAAAAAACACACACAAAUGAGGAAAAAUCAGGCAGAGAAUAACGCAAACGUUGAGUCACGUUCUGUGUACGAGUUUAUCUUACCAGCCAAGAAAACUGAAAAAAAACUAACCCGAACCGCGGUCACAUUGGGUUGCAGUCUCUGAAGAACGGACAUGCGAUUACGUAUACUUUUCUUUUCAUAAGUAUCAGAAAAAUCUAUACCUCGCUCUCUAACAUGUACACUGGACACAUAAACGAAACGUUGAAUUUUGAAACACAGCAAAAAGAUGCAUCAUCAGUUCGUUAGAUUAUUGGUAAACUCGAUAAAACAAGAAAAACAAAGAGUCAUUUUGAAUUAGUCGGUAUGCUUCACAGAAGACGGUCUCGCACAGAGCGUGUUGUCGAAUGUGAGCGAAGUUAACGGAGCAGAAAAAGAAAAUCGGGCCUUUUAAUUUGGAAGGAAGGUCAAUUUGUGUUUCAUAUUUUACACAGUAAUCGCGGGACAUUCUUAUAUUUUUUCACCUUGCAUACGUCCAGUAUAAGAAACACGAAUAAUGUUGAGGCUUUUUUUUUCACGCAAAGAAGAAAGAAAGGCUAGAUUUGGAAUAAGGACGUUCCUAUCCUGGAUGAUUUAUUUUUUUUUAUUACUUUUUUUUUAAACGAAAAUAGUGAAUGAAUUUGGUCAAGCAGGUUUUCCAGGCUGAACAAUUCGUUUCAUUUGAGCUCUAAUUGUUUGAAUGUCGCUUUGUACAUAUCGCUGUAACGGUUAAUAUUUGUAAAUUAUAAACAUUACACGUAUAUAGUAUGGUAUACCGAAAAAGUACAUAUUUAUACAUGCUUUCCCAUGUAUAUUUAUGUAUAAACCCACGUCACUGUAACGCGCAGUUCGCGGAUCCGUUCACAGUGGAUUAAAAAAAAAAACGGAAAAAAAGAAAAAAAAAAGAAAAGAAACAUCGUUUCGAGCGUCGAAAAUCUCUUUGCAAUCUCUGUCUCUCGCGUACGUUUCGUGAUAUUAAAAAAUACCGGAUUUUAACGAUCUCCUGCAUCUGUAUAAAAGGUUUCAUUUAACUUUCGUAAAUUAACGUUGUGAAAUAAUUGAAAAAGCAAAUUCGUCGGUGUCCAAAAACUUGGAGAAAAAAUAAGAGAUCUCCGAUUUUCUUUUCAUCGUCGAUCUAAUAAUCCGAGUAUAUAUUUAUACAUAUAUACGUAUAUAUAAAUCCAUUUCUGUAAAUGAUUUCACUAUUCAUCAUCAAGCACAUUGUAUCGAUUAAUAAUAUGAGACAAAGUCAUUGAGAUAACUUUUAAGAGAGGAGAAGUAGCAACAAUAAAAACAAAGUACGCGAAUGGAACUAGAAAGAAAGAACAGCAACAACAUAUAUAUAUAUAUAUAUAUAAUGUGGGCUAAACAUUUUUCAUUCAGAGUCCGUUUUUCAACUAUUAGUCUUUGUGCCACUGUAAUAGAAACUCGAUGAAAAUCAAUAACACGGUAAAGAGGUGCGGGUCGAGCGACAGAUACAAAAAUUAUUAUCGUUUGAAGCUGUCGGGACGCUGAGAAAAAAGAAAAGAAAAAAACACGAAAAGAAGCGAUAUUGUAUUAGCCAAAUAUUGACUGAAUUUCUUAGGCACGUGUGGAUAUUCAAUUCGUCAAAAGCAAAACGAAUUUUCGAAAGAUGAAAGAUCGAAAAUUGGAAAAAGGAAGCAACAGGAAUGAUAUAUUUAAAUUGCAGCACAUACACACGUUACACACACACACAUACCCCCCAUAUUGGGGAGAAUUGAAGUUAUCUUUCUAUUUGUGCUAACGUCUUUAAUUGUUAUUACUAUUUACUGUUAAUGGUAGUUAGUCGGUUAUACGAUUGUACACGAAAAAAAAACAAACGAAAUCAUACACCAUACACAAAUCCUGAGUUUUUAGACAACGGGCUUACGAGGAAGAUAACACGAAUAAGGAACUCCACCGCUCGUCCCUGUACCUAUAUAUAUAUAUAUGUAUUGCAUAUAUAUGUGUGUAUGGCUCUUGUAACAUAUUAUCAUUACUAUUCUUGGUUAGGCAGUAACAAUUACAAUAAGCAUAUUUUUUA